CACACUUGUGUUGUGCUGACGGAUUUCGGUGGCACACCGCUAAGCUGUACUGGAGAUGCUGGCCCCGGAGCCUGGCCUGGCCGGUCCGCUUGGAUAGGCGAGUUCCAGGGGCGAGGUAGUGCGCAUGUGGACGGUGUGCUCUUGAUCCCGGACGCGGACCUCAGUGCAGAGAAGAAAGCAAAAAUGGCUGGGAUUAUCAAAAAACAAAUCCUGAAGCAUCUAUCCAGGUUUACAAAGAACCUGUCUCCCGAUAAGAUCAACCUGAGCACGCUGAAGGGAGAAGGUCAGCUUUCCAACCUGGAGCUGGACGAGGAGGUUCUGCAGAACAUGUUAGAUCUUCCCACGUGGCUCUCCAUCAGUCGCGUCUACUGCAACAAAGCCGCCAUCAGAAUCCAGUGGACGAAAUUAAAGACGAGCCCCAUAUGCCUGUUUCUCGACAAGGUGGAAGUAGAGAUGAUGACAUGCGAAGAGCCCCGCCCUCCAAACGGCCCGUCGCCCAUCGCCAUCACUGCAGGUCAAAGUGAGUACGGCUUUGCAGAGAAGGUUGUGGAAGGCAUGUCAGUCAUCAUCAACUCCAUCGUGAUUAAAGUGAAGUCCAGAGCGUUUCACGCCUCUUUUGAGCUCUGGCAACUUCAGGGCUUCAGUCUGAACCCCAAAUGGCAGAAGAGUGACCUCAGAUACACACGAAUCACACACCCUAAAAGAGGAGAGGUGCUGACUUUUAAAGAAAUCAACUGGCAGAGUUUGCGCAUCGAAGCAGACGCUAUAGAAAGCGAGGAACAGGAUUUAGGGACCACACCCAUACGCCUUAUCACCAACCAGGGGCGCAUCCGGAUCGCCCUUAAACGCAGGGUGAAGGACUGUAAUGUUCUAGCGUCAAAACUGCUCUUCAUCCUGGAUGACCUGCUGUGGGUUCUGACCGACUCUCAGCUUAAAGCCGUCAUCCAUUACGCUAAAUCUCUGAGUGAGGCCAUGGAGAAAUCUGCACAGCAGAGGAAGAGCAUGGAGACUGUCCCUAGCUCUCCUGGGCCCCGCCCCCCAUGGCCAGAGCCGCACCCGGUUUCCUUGGCAACUCCCAACACGUUGGCACAGUAUUUUGAUCAGUAUGAUGUGAAGGAGUCAUCAUAUCACACGUUUAUUUCUCGCCUGGAUCUGCACAUCUGCAACGACAGCUCCUUAUCAGAAACAGGUGAACCCCCUAUUCCAGGCUCCCAGGGUGCAAUGCAGCUGACCUUCCGUAAACUGGGUUUUGAUUAUUACCCCUUCCACAGACCAGGUGAUGGCUGUCGACAUUGGGAGCGUCACUGUAGCGCUCUGGACUCUCGCACUCAAUGGGCAUCCAAACUGCUACAGGAUUUUCAGAAGAAACUGGAGAGCUCAGGAUUUCCCCAACCUCCAUCCGAACCUCGUGAUCCUAACGCACAGUCUCCGGGUCGAAAAAUGCACAGAGAUGAGUCCGUUCCAAACCCUGAUGACAGUUCGGCUUUGAAGAACCUCCGCUCCAGCUGCAUGGUGAUCCGAGUGGACGAUCUGGACAUCCGUCAGGUGUCCAUCAGGGGGCGUCACAGCAAGAAAACCCAGUCGCUUUUAUCAUGUAAUCGCAAAGUGCUGAACAUGGCGGAGAACACACCUGCGAUCCACCUGCAGUUUACCGAGUACUACUUCCCUCACAGCGCUGCAGGACCCGAUACAGGAUUGAGAAACAGAAUCCCUCCCCCAGGAACAGGAAGUCAUUUGCCCUGCUCUAAUCUGUACGGUCAGCUGAACGGUUUGCAGCUGUGUGUCGACGCCGCAAGUGUGUUAUGGAUGUACGUGUUUUGUCGUGGCUUGCUGACGACUCUGGAGCAGGUGAAAGCCUUUUAUCACCUGCAGGACAGCAGCAAGAGCGAGGAACACGUGGAUGUCCGAGUGGACGCCACACAGCUCAAGCUGAUCGUUCCUCUCGACUCCUCCAUCUUGGACCACCCCGAUCGUCCACAUGCUCUGUGUUUCACGCUCUCUCAGGCAUUUCUGAGCAACACGCAUCACUCUCCUCACUCGUCUUUUGCCGACCUCGAGUCCACGUUCUCGUCUUUCGCUGCUCAGGCGUUUUUCCGGCCCUCGCCGGCCGCUGAUUUUCCUCGUGACCGGAACACUUUGCACCCUCUCCCUCCAGGGUUCCUGAAGUCCGAUCCCUCGCUCUCACUUCCACGUUCACGGGAUGUAUGGAGUCUCAGCCUGUCUCAAGCAGCGGGGUGUUUCGAGGGUGCACGGCACGGAGGCAAAGCACCGGCGUUCAUGGAGCCGUUCGCUGCAUGCGUAUGGAUGUGCCGCCCGCAAGCUUUAACGAGGUCCCUGAGUCAGGAGGGAGCGACGUACACCGAAAAAACAUCCAAUCACGACCCUCCGUCAGCAUCCGUCCACUUCCUGGUUCAGAGCAUCACCCCGAUCCGAAUGUGGCUCAGUCAUUAUCAGUACGUUGCUCUGCUCCGGAUGAAGGAUUACCUCACGAGGUUAGCCUCCGACCUCGAUCGCUUUCCGAGCUCAAAGACCGAAACUCCCCCUCCUCCGACGGUGUGUGUAUCACUCAACUUGGAGGUGCUGGAGAUCGGUUUACUUCUUCCCCCGCUUGUUGGGAAAACGGACGAAGAAGAAGAAGCGCCAGAGGAAACGGACACACAAAGCCUCACGGACUCGGAUCUCUCGCCAACGCGCCCGGACAGCGGGAUCGUAGGAAGCACGGAGAAAGCGCUAGAGCAGGAUGAGGCAGAGUGUGACGGAGUGGGGGUGGAGUCUGUAGAGGAGGCACGCGAGGCUGUCGAAGAGGGAUUGGACGAAGAGAGAGGGCAGGGAGGCGAGUCGCAGGUCACGACCUUUCUGCGAAUGUCUCCUGCGAUAGUGCAGAAUCCCAGCACCUCCAUGGUCAGCCUGGAGGGGGAGCUGUCGAAUGCGCUCAGUGUGACCAAAGACGUGACUAAAGACGCUCUCAGUGCUUCCCUGGACCUCACCAAGGGGGCGCUGAACAUCACUAAAGACGCGUUCAGCAUGCUGAGCCGGGGAUCUGCCAUGAGCAAAAUCUUCAGCACUCAGAGCAGGGAACCAGACGAUUCUGCUCUGCGUCUGCCACCCCUCAAACACUCCCUUUCCCAGAGUUCCUGUGACAGCAUGCUCAUGGACACCAGCGUGGCUGACGAUGGCCUCUCCUUAGACAGUGACACCAGCGAGAACUUUGUCAUCCUCACAGACUCGGAGUCUGCUCGUCCUAACGGCACCCCUGUCCACUCAGUGAGGACAGACGGAGGAUCAUCAGCCGAUCUGAGCAGCUCACUGUCUCACAGCACCGAGGACAUGUCUCAGGAUAUGGUGUGUGUGCUUCUGGUUUCUGUGCGCGCUGUCCGCUCUCUGAUGGAGCUCCGGGGGCAGGACGCAGUGGUGGCGAUGGAGGUUCGGUCUGUCACACCAAAGCAGCUGGGAAACCAGCGAGUGGUGGAUCUGCAGACGCUCUCGCACGGUGCUCUUUCUCUACCCAUGUCCCCUGUGUCCCGUGCCCCGGUGGUGUGUCUGAGGAUGGAGGCGGGGCCAGGGGCGGGACGUCACUGCUGCACGGCGGAGAGCACGGGAUUCGUAGAGGUGUGUGUGCAUGGCUGCGAGGCAGAGCUGCUCACCUCGACAAUAAACACACUCGGCCCAUUCAUGGAGGACGAGCUAAACUCCGAAGGCCAGCCAAUAAGAAUCAGCAUACACAACACCCGCAUCACGCUUAAGGAUGACGGCCCCCGUGUGUAUCCCACUGCUCCCCAGGCUGUACCUAUCUCCUUUGUUCUAGAUGGUUUAGUUCUGGAGCGGCUAGACGAUGCCAUACUUACAGUCAGACCCACUGGCAGCCAAUUAGACAAAGCCUGCUGUGGACCUGAAGGAGAUGACAAGGCGCUGCGGGCGGAGCUUGCUGAUGUUCACUCAGCCCUCUCCUCUGCCCUUUCAGACCGAGAACGUCUCCUACAGGAAAUCCGUAAAUACGACCCGUCCUUUACGAUAUGACCUCACACUGCUGUCGGGAGGGACAGAGGUCAGACGCUACGGUUCAGACACCAAGAACAAGAUUUCUGUGUGUGUAUAUAUAUAUAUGUGUGUGUGUGUGGAAGGAACGAGUGUGUCCUCUUCCUGCUGUACUGACGUCCUGCUGUACUGAAGAGCUUUCCUUCCUCGUAUUUAGGUAGUGACCAAAACAGUGUUUUAUCUAUACUUUUAUUUAAUAUUUUAUUUCUAUUUUGUAGUGGAACCGUUAGUAUUAGCUGCUAAUGAGACGUGUCAUUACGUGUGUGUGGGUUCAUGGGUUCAGAGUGUGAGAGCUGAAAACAGAGCUCGGGACCUUGGCCUUAUUUUAGCUGCACUGUGUGUGUGCGCGUGUGUGUACGUAUGGGUGCAUGUGUGUUUUGUUAGCUGUGUGUAUGAUUUUACACACAUAUACACACACUCAGCGCAUCGUACGCUCAUUGCAGGUGCCAAUUGAAAAAAAAGAAUUUAAGCCACAAUCUUUUCCUCAAUUCUUUGAACACAAUUUAUAAGAAUCGUCAUUUUUGACACACACACAUACUGCAAGGGAUUUCCUUGAACGCAGUGCAGAGGGUUUGAGCGCUGAUUAGAACAAUAAACAUUGCCGUGAAUGUUAGCUAUUUCAUCAAGACGAUUGUAGUGUUAGUGUGUGAUGAGACUGUAUCCCUCAUUCAUUACCCUCUCACGCAUGCUGUAGUCUCAUUUGUAUUUUUUUUUCUUGUAUAUUUUGUUACUGGAAGUGAUAUUUUUAUUAGUUGGUUUUUUUUUUUUUACACAAUUUGCACAAACCUGAAAAUGUGACAGGUUUCGAUAUAAAUUGCGUGCUAGACUCCCGA